AUGGCAUUUGCAGGAACUACUCAGAAAUCUUGUUUCAGAUGUCAUCACUGCAAAGGAACCCUCAAGUUGAGCAACUACAACUCUUUUGAGGGAGUUCUUUACUGCAAGCCACACUUUGAUCAACUCUUCAAGAGAACUGGAAGUCUUGAGAAAAGCUUUGAAGGGACACCAAAAAUUGCAAAACCAGAAAGAAGUAGUGAUAAUGAGAAACCUGCGGCGGUUAAAGCCUCGAGUAUGUUUGGUGGAACAAGAGAUAAAUGUUCUGGUUGUCAGAAAACAGUUUAUCCAACUGAGAAGGUUACUGUGAAUGGAACUCCUUACCAUAAGAGUUGUUUCAAAUGCUCCCAUGGAGGAUGUGUUAUUAGUCCUUCCAAUUACAUAGCACAUGAGGGAAAACUUUACUGCAAACAUCACCAUGUUCAACUGAUUAAGGAAAAGGGAAAUUUAAGCCAGCUUGAAGGUGAUCAUGAGAAAAAUGCAAAAAUCAACGGCGAACAAGUUGCGGCUGAAACAUGA